AUGGUCUGCAAUAGCGCCAAGGGAAGAGUCUCUCUCGACACUGUCACCUACAAGCUUGCUGCUACUACCACUACUACUUCCAAGUCGACCAGCACGUCCACUACUUCCAAGGUGACCAGCACGUCCACUACUUCCAAGGUGACCAGCACGUCCACUACUUCCAAGGCGACAACCACGUCCACCACCACCAAGGCCACCUCCACCAGCGUUGCAGUUUCGUCCUCCACCACCACGAGCUCGACUACCACUGCUCCUGUCGUGCGUGCUCUCUCCACCAGCACCAGCUCGUCUCAGGUCUCCAGCUCCAGCACUUCUGCGACAAGCAGCUCUGCCUCCGCCUCUGCUUCCGUCGCCGCCGUCGGCAAGGCUACUGUUGAUACCACCAUCCUCGUCAUUGCCCCUAAUGCCUACAGUGCCUCUUCCGGCGCGGCUGGUCUCCUGGCCUAUGGCAUUCCCUACGAGACGCUUAUCGUCCCUAAGGAAGGUGUCACUCUGCCUACCUUGAACUCCUCCUCCACCCAUGGAAACUAUGGUGGUGUUAUUGUCAUGGAUUCCGUUUCGUACGAGUACGACGCUGGUUGGGCUAGCGCUAUCACUGAUGCUCAGUGGACCCUCAUCCAUGAAUAUCAGGUCGAGUUCAAUGUCCGCAUGGUCCGCAUCAACGAGUACCCUGGUACCCAGUUCGGCACCACCGUCGUCUCUGGUGGCUGCUGUGGCGACAGUGUGUCCCAGUCUAUCAGCUUCAGUGACGUCUCCGACUUCCCUACUGCCAACAUCAAGGCCGGAGCUGAGCUGUCCACCACUGGUCUUUACCAUGUCCCUGCCUCUAUCAGCGACACCACCACCACUAAGCAGGUCGCCAAGUUUGGCGUUGCUACUGGUUUCGAGUCUGAGAGUGUUGCCGCCGUCAUCAACAACUUCAACGGCCGUGAGCAAUUUGUCUGGUUUAUUGGUUGGGCCCCUGACUGGUCCCAGACCUCUGCUUUCCUCCAGCACUCUCACGUCCACUGGAUGACCCGUGGUCUCUUCCUCGGCAAGCGCAAGGUUCAUCUGGGCUGCCAGGUCGACGACGUCCAGCUCAGCACCGAGCUGUACUACCCGGCCGGCGAUGAGUUCAAGAUUGCAGUUGAGGACCUCGAGGCCCACAUCACCUGGCAGAACAACAUCAACGCUCGCAUGCCUACCGGCUCCGACUUCUGGCUUGAGCUUUGCCACAACGGCAACGGAGACAUCAUCUCCUCCACUCUGUCUGACGCUGGCGCUACGUCUUGCGACCCCGAGUAUGCUGUCUACUAUGAUCUGGCCAACGCCACCGCCCUCGAGUUCGUUAAGCCUUUGGGAACUGGCGAGGACAUCUGGCCCGAUGAGUUUGUCGAUUACUCUUGGAGCAAGACUUGUGCCGCUCUCGACGACUUUGCUUCCUGGUUCCUGACUGCCGAUAACCUCAACCAGUUUGCUCAUGUGUCCCACACCUUUGCCCAUCUCAGUCUCAACAACGCCACCUACCACGACACCGAGCGCGAGAUCAAGUUCAACCAGGACUGGCUGGCCCUGAUGGGUAUUGAUCAGGCCAACCGGUUCUCGCCCCACGGUCUGGUCCCCCCUGCCAUCACUGGUAUGCAUAAUGGAGAUGCUAUUAAGGCUUGGAUGGACAACGGCAUCACCUUUGUUGUUGGUGACAACACCCGCCCCGUCCUUCGCAACACCAACAGCGUGUACUGGCCGCUGAUCAGCACCGUCGCCGACAACGGCUACGCCGGCUUGACCAUCGUUCCGCGAUUCUCCACCGCUAUCUACUACAACUGUGAUACUGCCGAGUGCACUACCAGGGAGUGGAUCGCCACCUCUGCUGGAAGCGGCGACUAUACCAACCUCUUGGCCAACUCCAAGUCGACCAACGUCCGCAACCUCCUCUCGCUUCAGGCUGAUCCCUACAUGUUCCACCAGGCCAACAUGCGUCAGAGUAACGUUGACACCAUCACCAUUGGUGACCAAACUGGCUCCAUGUCCCUGGUCAUGUCCUGGACCGAGACUAUGGUCCAGGAGCUCCUGCGUCUGACCAGCUGGCCCAUCCAGUCCCUGAAGCAUGAUGACCUUGCUCAGUACUUCAUCGACAGGAAGACCCGUGACGCCUGCAGCCCCAAGCUUGCGUACACCUACUCAAGCGACGGCACCAAGAUCGAGUCCGUCACGGUGUCCGCCACUGGCAACACUUGCUCCGUCCCCAUCCCUGUCACCAUCCCCUCCGGCUCCGCUACUGCCUCGGGAGGCUCGCUCACCGCGGAUGUUGUCGGUGCUGAGCCCCCUAUCCAGUGGGUGACCCUGAGCGGCACUGCCGUGACCCUCACUCUUAGCUCGCCCGUUUCUUUUUAA